GUCUCUUGGUGCAGCCAUGGCCGACUCUCACAUUCAGACAGCCAUCAGCGUCCACCGUUGCAGGUUCGUCGACUAUACCCCUUCUCCAAUCACCGCCUUGGCCUUUCCUCCUCUGCCCCUACCCUCGCCCAAAGCAAAGGCUUCAACGGCAGCAGCCCAGUUUCCACGUUUCGCAACCCUCGCUGUUGGUCAUGCCAAUGGGAGCAUCGAUCUUUGUCACUGGGCAGGCGAGAAGGAUGGUUUUCAUUCACCCCAAGCGUGGGCAGUGACCAAGACACUACCAGGUCUAUAUCCAUCCAAAGUCGAUUCUCUUGCCUUCUCCAUACGAUGUCCGCAUCAGCUUCGUUUUGACGAGGUUCCGAAUCUUGAUGUACUACGCCUGUUCAGCUCCGGCGGCGGCAGUGAACUGUUGGAAUGGGACACGGACCGAUGUUGCGUGCGAAGAACUAUAAGUUCCCAGGGUGGCUCUAUUUGGUCCGUCUCAGUCAACCCUGCGUCGACUCAGCUGGCAAUGGGAUGCGAGGACGGAAGUAUACGCAUCCUGUCUUUGCUAGACGAUGAUUUAGUUCACCUUCGAAAGUUCGAUCGCGUCAAAUCCCGACUUUUGAGCAUUGCAUGGGGUCCACCCACUCUCAAGCGAGCCUCGACUGACCCCAGACAAACUGACGACGAAGAAUACGAGUGGGCAGACUCAUGGUUGGUGACAGGAGGGUCGGAUAGCAGUCUGCGUAAAUGGGAUGCUGUAACGGGCCGCUCAUCCGAACGAAUGGGUACUGACAAAGUACGAGGCGAAAGGACCCUGGUAUGGGCAGUGUGUGCACUUGGCGAUGGUACCAUUGUCUCUGGGGACUCCCUCGGAAUGGUCAAGUUCUGGGAUUCAAGGACUUGCACUCAGCUGCAAACCUUCCAAGGGCACGAUGCUGAUGCUCUGUGUCUCGCAGUCAGUCCUGAAGGGUCAGUUGUAUACUCCUCAGGCGUAGAUCAAAAGACGACGCAAUAUUCGCUGGUAAAAACUCAUGUGACCGACGGCUCAUCUGCAGGACGGACAACAACUCGAUGGAUCCAAUCAAGUUUUCGUCGAUUGCAUUCACAUGACGUCCGUGCACUGGCGAUGUGGCCACCCUACACACCUCUACCAAUCACACAUAAACGAUCUUUCCCCAUCGACAUCGCUCCUGUACUGGCCUCCGGUGGGCUUGACAUGUCCGUCGUCGUCACACCCGCCGCACUUCCUUCUAGCACAAUCAAUAAAAUCAUAAAUCCACUUGCAACUAGUACCGAGGCUACGUUUAGUGAGUCCUACCAUCGACGACUGGCAUACGCGGCUGGACCGUCGAACGCCUCUGCAAUAUCCAUUUCCCGAGGUGCCCGUCUCGUUUCUUGCCUGCGAGAAGCUGGCGUGAGCAUAUGGAGAAUCAACCAACGUUCCGAGGGGAAUCUUGAUGAUGGAGAAACGGCGUCUGGAGAUGACGCUUGGGAGAAAGUUUUGGAGAUGGAUCUUAAUGUCCACACCAACCUUGUUGCGAGUGCUAUAUCAGAUGAUGGCCUAUGGUUCGUUGUUUCCGAUCUGUAUGAGACCAAAUUGUUUUCUUUGGCGACCGAUCCCAAGGGUGAUCUCACACCUAAACGAGUGCGCAACUUUGGAUCAAUAUUGCAAGCCCAGCUUCCUUUUACACCUGAUUCGACAGGAGGACUGGCCUUCGCGUUUACACCUGAUUCUUCCAAGCUUGUGAUGGCAACGUCCAUGUCAUCUUGCGUCUUACUCAUAGAUAUAGGAAAUGAUUCGGGUGAACCCAGGGUUUUGCGAAGGUUUGAUCAUCACCGCCAGAGAAACGGUAUGGGUGGAGACCGGGUCACCAAGAAACUCAGGCCUGACGGGGAUGUUGAUAUGGAGGCUACGCCCGACAAUAAUUCAUCAUCUUGUGUGGCUGUUAACAUUCUGCGAAUUUCUGUCAGUGCUGAUGGACAGUGGGCUGCGACUUCUGACGAUAACGCCCGGACUCAUGUCUUCAACCUGGACUCUAUCCAACACCAUUGCGUUCUACCUUCUUUCGCUCAUCCCGCUCAAACCUUGGCGUUUGACCCGUCAAAGUCAAGUUUGCUAACCCUCGCCUUCCCUGACAACUCCAUCCAGAUAUACGAUGUGGAAUCACGACAGUUCCCCUCGUGGUCCAAGGCCCUCGUUGCGAGUCUCCCUCAGCGAUUCACCCAGGCGCAUGAUCCUAUUGUUGGUGUGGCAUUCGAUCCUGGUGCGCGACAGAGUACGUCAGACUCUUCACCGACGAAAUACGCCUUGUUCUGGGGUUCGACCUGGAUGUGCAAGAUCAAUAUGGACGGCUCCAACUUUAGUAAUGGUGGAUUCAAUAAAAAGCGUCGGCGCGCGCACAACAUGAAGCGGCCUGCGAUUGCGGCCCAGGAUCAGCAUGCUACUGACUUUAAAAUGAUCACUCACUUUAGACCGAUCUUGCAUGCUGAUUUCAUCUCUCCUGGAGAGUUGGUUGUGGUUGAGAGGCCGUUAGUUGAUGUUCUUGCUACGUUGCCGCCAGCUUACUUUAGACACAAGUAUGGGGCUUCAUGAAAUGUUGUAUGCUACUACAUGCUCUAGGAUGUAUGACUAGUAUGGACUACAGAUGAUUCCGGUUGAAAUGAUGAGAGGAACUCGUGAUUAAAUGCGAUAGAUAUGUAUAUAUAUUAGUGUCCAUGUUGAGAAGAAAUUCAGUUCGAGGGAUCC